AUUCUAAAAACCAUACCUUUACUCUCCACACUCCAAAUCUCCUUCUUCUUCCUCUCUAUUUUUCUACCAGUUUCUUGGAAAAUAGAGAACACCAUGUCUCUCACUAUUCCUUCAAAUCUUUCAAAACCCAUUGCAACAUCUAAGGCUAGCUCUCAGUUUAGCACAAAACCAAGAACUUCAACCAUAGUGUGCUCUUCAAACCAAGCCCCUUCGAAUUCAACAGAGGAAAGUUCUUCUUCUUUAAAGGCAUUCUCAGCAGCACUUGCUUUGUCUUCUGUUCUGUUGUCAGCACCUGUGCUUCCUGCUUCUGCUGACAUCUCUGGGCUCACACCUUGCAAGGAUUCAAAGCAGUUUGCUAAGCGAGAGAAGCAAUCAAUCAAGAAGCUUGAGAGUUCUCUAAAACUCUAUGCACCUGAUAGUGCUCCUGCACUUGCUAUUAAGGCCACUGUUGAGAAAACCAAGCGCAGGUUUGACAACUAUGGAAAACAAGGACUAUUGUGUGGAUCAGAUGGACUGCCACAUUUGAUAGUGAGUGGAGACCAAAGGCAUUGGGGAGAGUUCAUCACACCUGGCAUCCUCUUUUUGUACAUUGCUGGUUGGAUCGGGUGGGUUGGAAGGAGCUACUUGAUUGCAGUAAGGGAUGAAAAGAAACCAACAAUGAAGGAAAUCAUCAUUGAUGUUCCUUUGGCUAACAGGCUCGUCUGGAGAGGUUUUAGCUGGCCAGUUGCUGCUUACAGAGAGUUCUUGAAUGGAGAACUCAUUGACCCUAAUGUCUAAUUUUGAUUUCUCCUGUUUAGUUUUCUCUUGUUGGAGAUUCGUGGAAUUAUACUUUCACUUGUUUAUAUCAAUGAAGGAAUGUGAAUUUCCAGUA